AUGGAUGAUGGUAACCAAAUGUUAUCUCACGAACGGAAAAAAAUCGAAAAGAAUGAAGAAGAUAAUGGUCAUGAGCCAAAGUUGACAAUUGACCCUUUUAAUUUGUCACCAACUAGCAGAAAGGGAACAAGUAUUCCCAGCCCAAAGCGACCCCUUACAAAGCCACAUCCUAAUCUUCUUAAUAUCGAUCCUAAUGCAACUUUAGCAGCGAUCAGUGCACGUUUAGCCACCUUAAUUUCUGCCCCCGAGACUGAAUUUGCGCGAGUUAACCGAGAAACUCAUGUUGCAAUGACGAACGGAUCAGUUUUUGUCGAUAGCCAUGGAAAAAAAUUGAUGCCACAGAGUAAUUUUGAGGAUCAAUCACACUUCAUCUCUACGAAUAUUUCGAGCCCAACAUCGAAAGAUGUCAUGACCCCGGCUCUGUAUGAUUCUAUAAUUGCUGAAGAAUGGGUUAAUUUGCAUCUUGAGACAAACAAAGCCUUUCUUCUUCCGGUUGGUGACACCAUUUCGACAAUGAAAAACCCAAUAGUUGAUAAUGACGACGAAUUGGUGCUCGAUUCAGAAGUAUUCGUCUUUCGUAGAGGAGGUGAUGGUGGUCCCCUUGGGAGGGCAGGAAUGGAUCGCGGCUCUAUGUACCGGAUGGGCAUGUCAAAAGAGUUAGUGGAUCGGCUUUAUCGUGCACUUUAUGUAUACACAAAUGGUUUCCAUAACCUUAUUAACGAAAUUGCUUCUCACUGUUCUCCACAAUUCGAAAGUCAUGUAUCCUCCAACGUAUGGCUUGCGUUUCUUCAACUGCUAGAGCAAUGCGAACAUGGUAAACACGAGAUAGCGUUGCUUAAGUUCAAACAAGCAGCGCAGAGCGCUCAGGAUCAGCUUCAAUCAAAAUGUCAACGAGAUAUUAUCCUCUUAGAUUCUCAAUUGCGUAGUGCACAGUCUGCAUUGAUAAACGAGAUAGCUACUGGGGCAGAAAAAACGGCACAUAUUUCAAAAUUAGUCGCAACCACGACAGAGUCGACGCUAAAGAUUGCGGAACAAGAGGAAGAGCUGGCAGCUCAAGCGGAACAGAUACGUCUUCUCAAACUGGAAAUCUUGGUUCAUGAAGAUGAGGAGAGAAAAGUUAAAGAAGAUCUUAAUGAUGCCCGGAGGAGAUGCGAUGUAGCGAAUUCGGCAAGAGUGAAUGCCUUGACUGACCGUAACGCGAAGGACGAGGAAAUUCGAGAAUUAUCAAAUCAUUUAAAGCGAUUUGAAGCCGAAAAAACGAGCUAUGCGAAACGGGUGCGUGACACGUUGGUCUCAAAUCAAGAUAUACGGACCAAAGCCGACCGACUUAAGCAAAUUAUUGUCGGUCUUCGGAUAGAAACAGACAAGGCUUAUGCGGAGAAGCAGAGCUUGCAAGAGCAAGUUGAAAAGGCUCAGCUUGAAAUUUGUCGCCUUCAAGCUCUACGCGCACAGAGUGAUAGGGAAUUUGUUGAAAAUCAGAACAAGCACAACCAAACGGAAGCGCAAUUGCGAAUGAUUGCAGUGAAUUUUGACAAGGAAGUUGAGCAUAAUGUUAAGUACCAGCAAGAGAUUGCUAAUUUAACCGCUCAGAUCGUUGAAGAAAAGGAGCGAAGUAAAGCAUGGGAAAUAAAGUGCAAUAUUUUGACCGCCGAAAAGCUUAAUGCAGGCAUGCGGGAACAAGACAAACAGCAAAUUGAGUGUCUAUUAGAUCAAAAAACUGAACUUGAAGCGGUUGUGGAAGCGAACACACUUGAUCAGAAGAGAAAUGAAGAGCAGAUUCAAACACUUAAUUUGUCGAUAGAAGCUUUGAACACUGAAUUACAGCACACUAAACGUGUAUUUUCGACGGGAGAGCAGGCAUUUCUUCAUUCUGAACGCACAUGUGACCAGUUGCGACUACAGAAUCAAGAGCUCGAGAAAAACAACGUAAAAGCCAAAAAGAAUAUAGCGUCGUUAAAGGAACGACUGAAGAUGCACGAAAAAGCUGCAAAAGAGCAGAUCACAAAACUUGAGGUAGAAAUCAAGGUUACCAGUGCCCAGCUUCGUGAGACAACAUACAUCAAUAAUGACAACAUUGCUCGAGUCGAGCAGUUGACACAUACUCUUUUGCAGUUGGAGAAGGAAUUGGCUGGCUCAAAAACUCGCACUGAAGAGCUCUCGAAGCAAGUGGCGAUAAUUCAGGCCGAGAAGGAAGGUAUGCAACGUAGCCAAGACCUGGCAACCUCAACCUUUCAAAAAACCAUCCACCAGUUUGCACAUUCGUUGCAGAUCAUGUUGACACUCGUUAAGGUUGAUGAAUUUCCUUUGGAUGAAGCGAUACGAGAGUUAUUGCAAAUGGUUCAGGACACGUUCGGAAAGGAGCUGAAUCUUGACAAAUUGGUUGAAGAUGAUGAUACUCCUGUCACGAUAGAACUUGAAGUACAGGAAGAUGUGACAAAGGAGGAACACGCGAGUUGUCUGAAGCGAGCUUCCGUAUAUAGAAACAGUGUGGAAGGCAUUAACAAUGACGAAGAAUCCAACAAAAGCUCACAUUUACCUUCACACAACACGUGUGCGGAGAAAACGUGUACUCAGCACGAAAUUAUUCGUAUGAGUCGAUUUCGAAAGAGCAAGUUAGACCAUCUUGUGACCAAACUUCAAAGUAAAAUCGCGUCUAACGAGGAGCAAGUGGCAAACUUACAAAGUGCUAUAAUGGACCAGACAAGAGAAAUAUAUCAACUGACUUCUACGACAAGGCAGCAAACUUGUUUAAUCGGGAAGUCAGAGUGCCAGAAAGAAAUGUUGCAGUCGGAUCUCGAGAUGACAACGCUGAAGCUGAUCCAAGUUUUUGCUGAGAAACAAGCGGUUACCUCUGAUUUAAAACAAGCUCGUCUUGACCAAGCGCUUAGUGAUAAUCAUACUUUUCAAGUCCAAGUAGCGCUAGCAACGCUGCGGCGUGAGUAUGACAAGCAGGUAAUUGUAGAUGAGGACGCACUGGGUCACAUGUGGCGUCUACACGAGCACAAUCUGUACAUGUGCUCGUUGCGACGAAACAAAGACGUGCAAGCGACUGCUACCCCCAUGGACCAAACAACACAGACUCUUGUUCCACAGCGGAAUCCAGCUUUAGAACGACCUCGAGUGCCAUCUCAAUUGAUUCCGUCGGAAGACUACGGGUCGUCCGAAAAGCUUCUUCAGAAAAUUAGCCGAGCGACACGGGAGCUGCUCCCAGGCGUAGCUCACGAAAUGGAUCUUCGUUUCCAACAUGAAAAGUCAAAGCUAGAACAACAGCAUGAAGGAAACAACGCCUCAUGCCAUCUUAAUGUCCAUUCGCGUAACCUUGCACAGGCCAGUCAAAAUUGCCGACAACGUCAUUUUGGGAAAUUCUGGACCAUUGCGUCAGAUAAUGAGCUUGGGGUUGCAAAAUUACCACCUGUAAACGUGAAAAGGAUUUCGGCUUUCCCGCCAUCACAUGUGGUUUACCACGUAAAUGAGUUUGGUACUCGACAAAACGUGUUGGUUUCCCCAACUCAAGUUCCGUUUGUUGCGGAAAAUCGAGCGCGUCGCUCGCUUUCUCCUCGGCCUCCUCUACAGAUCUCGCACGUACAAAGGCCAAUACCUUGUAACUCAAGUACUGUCAAGGGAUCUUCUGGUAACGACUUACGGUACGAGACACAGGACGAAGAGCGCGUAGAAUCUGGUGAGGAUACCCAACCACAAUAUAUUGGCAGUCUUGAUUUCUUGACAUCUCAGUCUUCACCCACUCGCAACAACAUCAAUAUGCAAAGCUCCAAUCGCAAAGUUGUGCGUGAAAUUUCGUGGAUCACUGGGUCACGUAACAGCCCUACGCCACAUCUCAUAAAAGACCACAGUGACGAAUAUGGCAGUUUGUCUUUUCCAGACAAGACUUUGAGCGACGGAAUUACAUCAAACCGCCUGGCUGCUGUUGUGAGUAUGCACAAUCGCGAGAAAUUGUCAUUUCAAGAUGCUACAUGGCGAGCAAAGACUGAAAGUUCUCGACACUUUGUAAAUUUUAAUCAUGACGAUAAAGAACAUGAAGUACGAAGUGAAAGUACCACCAACACUGACCUCGCGAUGCAAGAUCGAUACGCACAGCUCUUUCCAGGUGUGCUAUACCCUAUUAUACCCAACUUAUGA